UGGUAGUUCGGGCCGUGCGUUUACACUGCACUUCAGUUCUUAACACGCCGACGCCAUUUUCAAUAAAAACGUAAAAAGACGGAGACACUGUUCGUCCGUAUGUAGAAGUUAUUUUGUUCUACAGUACACUUACAUUGGUGUAUAUCGUAAACGCUAAGGGCUCAAUUUUAGAUCAGCGAAACAGAGGAGCCAAACAGUGCACGGUGUAGAGAGAGAGAGGGAAAGAGAGCGAGAGAAAACGCUCGUGUGUGCUAGAGCGAGGCGGAUAGUGUGUGAAUAGAACAAGAGAGCGCACAACGUCGAACGACGGGCGUUGUACUUCAUCGUCGUCAUCGUCAUCGUUGCCAUCAGCAGUAGUAGCAGCAGCAGCAGCAGCGCCAUCAUCAAACCGAGCAACCUGAUCACAGUCAUCCUGUGGCUGCCUGGCGGCUGGCGAAAUAAAGGAAGCAAGCAUAAAGUUGGAGAAUAAUAACAACAAUCUUUAUUCCCGUCCGCAAGCGAAACAGUCGGCAACAGGAAAGUAGUGAGCAGCAUCAUUGUGUGUGCUGGUGGUGUGGAGCAUGUGUAUGCGGUGCGAAAAAGUGCGAAUUACAGUGGUGUGACGUGAAGCGUUCGAGUGCGCAGAAAAAUACAGCAAGGGCAGGAAUUGUGCAAUUGGGUGUCAUUAAGGUAAAGUGAUAAACACACUGCAAACGCAAGCGAAGAAAUCGUACUGCUGGUCCUUUACCCAAAAGGUAAAGGUCUCAAUUCACCACUCAGCAGUAGCAGCAGCCGCGGAUUUGGGAAGUGAUCGAAUUUUGCGGCUAUACGCGUAGUGGUAGAACGAACGAACGAAGAAACCGUCAUCGUCAUCUGUUGCCUGCCCGCGGGGCGGGGUGUGCGAGGGUUACGGUGUGCCGUGGUUGUGCUUUGUUAAGGAAGAAUUUCGCUACCUCUGUUCGUCACACGCCGCCUGUUGCAAAUCGAAAUCGCAACCCAAUCCAGCAGAAGGCGGUACGAUGACGGAGUACAAGCUCGUUGUAGUAGGCGCUGGAGGUGUCGGCAAGUCGGCGCUGACCAUUCAACUUAUUCAGAACCAUUUCGUGGACGAGUACGAUCCAACAAUUGAAGAUUCCUACCGGAAGCAAGUAGUUAUAGAUGGUGAAACGUGUUUGCUUGACAUUCUGGACACAGCCGGUCAGGAGGAGUACUCAGCGAUGCGUGAUCAGUAUAUGCGAACGGGUGAAGGAUUUCUUUUAGUAUUCGCUGUGAACAGUGCCAAAAGUUUCGAAGAUAUAGGAACGUACCGAGAACAGAUCAAGCGUGUUAAAGACGCGGAAGAAGUGCCGAUGGUGUUAGUAGGCAACAAGUGCGACCUGCAAGCAUGGGCAGUAGAUAUGAACCAGGCCAGAGAUGUGGCGAAACAGUACGGUGUUCCUUUUGUAGAAACUUCGGCCAAAACACGGAUGGGUGUGGACGAUGCAUUCUACACGCUAGUGCGCGAAAUUCGCAAAGACAAAGAGAGGGGGAAGAAGAAUCGAAAGCACCACAAACUGGUAUCUAGCAGACGAUUCAAGUGCCAGCUGCUAUAAGAGGCUGCUUGGAAAGGGAUCAUCGUACCGUUACCACCCCUUCUCCUAAUGGACAGUUGCCGCAGCAGCAGCAGCAGCAGCAGAGCAGCAACACACAGCAACACAUACAGUAUGUCCGCGCCUCGUUUUCUAAUAUUCGACUUAUUGACCUACGCGUGAGAAACGUGGCCACAGCCACAGCGAAAAACAUUCAUUGCCUAGUAGCAUUGUAGGUGCGGAAGAAAAAAAACGGCAGUACAAGACGCGCCCAUACUACACCCUCAGGGAUGUGCGUGUGUGCGUGUAGGUAUGUGUACGUCCUAACUUUGUCCGUCUGCUGGCUUCCUAAUAUGCAGCUCGUAAAUAGGAGGAUGCUUCUUUCUGGUGCAAAUUUUGAAAUUUUACACGCACAUCUUUUAAAAGCGCCCAAUCAUUGCGUUCGCCGUAUAGCUAGAUAACAAGCUCCUAAAGCAAGGUAAUAUGUUGAGCAAUUAGUGUGCGUGAGAGAGAAAGAGAUAGACAAGUUUGUUCAAAAAGCGCCUCGAAGCGGGGGAAGAGGAAUGCUUAUCCCGGAUGGGAACAAUUAAGCCUCCCAUUCCCUGGUAUAAACGUGAAUCGCACAAACGAAAUCAAUGGACUCAAUUUCCCCGCAAGCAGCGAGCGCAAUUUCCUUCCCUGCUGCAAAGGAAGGCGGUUAGCUGAAAGAGGGUGGAAGAAUGCGCUUUUCUUGGUGAACGGUGAACGGAGGAAUCAACUCGGACAACAUGAAUUCGUCUCCUCCCGACCCAAACAACUGCUAACUACUCUUUGCAUUAAGAAACAGAUUGGUUGUACCAACCCGUUCCCCUUUGGCAUUAUUCGGCGACUAGUAUCGAUAGCUGCGACAUAAAAGCUACAAACAAACUGGACAGAUAAAAGAUGGGAAGGAGGGAGGAAUGGACGGUAGAGGGAUGGUGUAAGCGCGGGAAAUGUGUAUAGGCAAUGUUUGUAUCUAAUCUUUGUACCCACAAAACGGGAACUAACGUUCUUCACUUGUCUGCCUGUAAAGACCUUAUAUAAAAAAAGGGGGGUUUAAAUAUUAAUUACGAACAUUAGGUAAUUUAUAUAUCUCUUUUGCUCUUAAAUUCACAUGUCUACACCUAUCCGCGUACUACUAUUACUACCAACUACUACUACUACUACCGCUGCGUGUAUGAGCGGGAAAACCACAUGGCACCGUAGUAAAUGCAAACCAACAAAAAACGAUUAAUGCAAUGCUUACCCCCCUGCCCCUUCUCUUGGAUGCUGUUUGCUCCUUCAAACGGUCGUCCGAAUUUCUGUGGUGGGGUUGUAGCAUCGCUGUGUAGAGCGCCGGCAACGAGAUGUGUUCCGUUUUUGGGUGGCAUCAUAAUAGUGUAAUAGAAGCCGCCACAGCAAGCAACGCACACAAACCAGAUUGAAGACAUGCUCACGCUCACGCAAAAGCAUAGACACAAACACACACCCAAAACAGACAGACAGGUGCGCGGAAGGAACGUGUGUGACAGAGGGAACGUUACGUUUGGUAGAUUGGUAAGAUUUCUAAAAGAAACAAACCCCGUCAGUGUAGAGAACGCGAAUAUAGGUAAUGAGAAUUGAGAUCUUACAAGCGCGGAGGCGAGGGCGUCAUCACAGGGCGAAACAAUCCAUAAAAAAUAAUCCGAUAUUUUAGUUAUUAAUCGAAUUAAUCGAACGCAAGUACGCGCGCAAAAUAUGGAGAUAAACAACAACAAAAAAAAGAUAUAAAACAAAGAAGAAAGUAAAACAACAACAAACAAACAAA